AUGUCCCAAGGCCCGCCCCUCACCCCGCCCCUCAUGUACACCGACAUCUGGGCCAACCAGCCCGCCGCCACCGUCCUCUCCGCCCUCCUCGGCCCCAACCCCCGCGUCAACUACGUCAACGGCAACACCGCCCUCGGCGGCUUCCCCGGCGCCCGCCAGCGCGUCCACGCCGACCUCACCUUCAACCACGCCCAGCUCCCCUUUGGCAUCGUCACCAACUACUACCUCACCGACACCGACGACGACGACGACAGGUCGACCGCGUACGACCCCACUCUCGAAGUCAAGUUCGGCAUCCGCGAAGAGCUCGUCGAGCGCCGCCGCGCCUACGCCCCGCCCAUCCAGCCCGUCGUGCGCAAGGGCUCCGUCAUCCUCCGGGACCUACGCCUCUGGCACGCCGGCGUCGCGAACCCGUCGCCCGUGCCCCGCAUCAUGCUCGCUUUCGUCCACACGCCCUGGUGGUACCAGUGCCCUGCUCGCGUCGUCCUCCCCGAGGCCUGCCGCGGCCUUGUCCGGGAAUGGGCCGAGCGUGCUGUCUCGCCCGUGUGUUAUCGGGCCGAGUACGUCCCGGCGGACGUGGACCACAAGACGGUCAAGUUUUCCCCAACUUUAGCAGCAAUAACAAGGGGUACCUCGGGAUGCUGCCGAAAGAUGUCGUGA